CGGUAUAUAUCGAAAACGAAAAAAUAAAAAUUUGCAUCAUCGUCGUCGCGUUUUGCGUGGUGUGUGCUUUUGCUAUCAGUGAAUUUUUCGUUUCCAUUUGAUUGCCCCUGCCGCUGUGCCCAUCGGUGGUCGUUCGGUAACGUCUUUCGCGUCGAAUUAUCAGCCGUGUCGUGGUGGCCGUGCCGUCAGUCUGAAAUUGUAUGCAGCCAGCCAGUCAGUAAGUUUACGAUUGUCGAUGCCUUGAUUCGUGCUCGGGUGGCGGAGCUCGUCUUGCCCAUCAGUAUAGUCCAAUAAUCAGCCUCAGUGUCGCGAUUUUCUAGCGGUGGUUAGGGUGUUUUCGGUAGCCAGACAGUGGCGAAGCACGUUCCCCCGCGGGAUGGGACAGUUCAGCUCGUGGCUUAAUUGAGCAGAGUUCAAAGACUGGCGUGUUUUUGUUUGGGAAAUUCCGGAUCUCAUUCGGCCGUUCGUUCUGGCUGGAAUCCGUGCGGGUACGUGUGUGUGGAAUAAUUUAAUUUGCUAGCCCCCCUGAGUCACCCAGACAGAUUCGCAAAUUUUUCGGUCUGAGUUUCCCGACUGGGGAAGAGAGGUCAAAAAUCUACAACAAGCCAGUGAAAAUUACGUCCGGAUUGCUGCUCAGCUCGGUGUGCGAUCAAGUUGUUUGUGAAAGUGUAAAAUUCGAAGCAGAAAAAAAAGAGCCUAUGAAAAGCUGAAGAAAUUUAUCGUGCAUGUCUGCGUAUGUAGUAUCGUUGGUGAAUUGAUUGGAAGAAAGAAGAGCGAUGGCAGUAAGUGAGCAGCUUCGCUGCUGACGUUCAUGGGGCAUCAAAAAGCUGCCUUAUCAUCUACACUAUGACGGUUGUUACUGAUUGCUGGUCUGAACGGAUUAAGACAGCCCAAUCAGCAAGUCCUUGUUCCUUAUCGAGUAGACAGUAAGACAGCCGGGAGAAAUAAUGUCGGAUUCGGUGGAAACGUCGGUGGACACGACCGAUACGGGUUCUUCCUCGGCGAUUACGCUCCGGCCUGAGGAGCCGGCUAGCAGCAGUGCAAGCUGCAAGGCGGUUGCCACAAUCGGGCAAGCUGCUGCUGCUGCGGUUGGCCGUGGCGGCGACUGUUGGGGCACCAGAGCGGUCGCGGCUGGCGACCGACUGAAGGUGCUCAUUGCCGAGCAGUUGGCCAAGGAUGAGCUGAAGCAGAAGGCCAGCUCGUCACUUCCACCGUUGUUCUACGAUGGCAAGAGUGACCUGUGCACACUGGGCUCGCGACCUGGUAUGGAGUGUGUGCCAUUGAGAUCUCCAGCAGACCCGUAUCACUAUCAUCACGUCACCGAUCAAACAAAGUCAUUACAGGAAUUGCAGAAUGAAGUCGGCGCUCUAUUGGAAUUCCGUGAUCUGGUUAUCGAGACAUUUCCCGAUCUUAAAACGAAGAUGGCAUCGUCCACUGCCAACAGCACACUCACCGGGAUCCCGUCAUCAUCACUGGCGUCCAGCCGACGCGAGUGGGAACCCGGGAUACGGUCCCGACGGAAACUGACCCAGAAAGACGCGUCCGCCGAAAUUCACCAGCACUCGUCGUCGCUGACUACUCGCAGCCGGAGUAACUCGCACAGCGGCAAGAAGGAACCAAAGAGCGGUGAGGGCAACAACGGUAGCGUCGUGCAGGACUCGGGAUUCUCCACCGAGACGUCCUCGUCGAAGGAGACACACAGUGCCUCGUCGACGAGUGGUGGCGUGCAGGGAACUAUCGUAUCAAAUACAACCAAUCGACUAACUGUAGAUACCGAAGAUGAACUGUGGAAUUUGCUAGAUGUGAUACAUAGGAAAAGCAAUCGACUUCGCGAGGAGGUGGACGCGCUGCAGCAACUGGAGCGGGAGAAAUGUCGAACAAAUCAGCUAAACAAUAAUCACACGAACGUCGUGGGCAGUACUAGUAGCGGUAGUAAUAGUAGUAGCAAUAAUAGUAAUCUUAUCAAUACGCAUCAUAGUAGUAGCGGCAACCUUCUUCACCACACGCACCAGCCGCCGGGUGUCUCAAGUGCCACCACCAGUGUCGUCCCAGCAGCAGCCGGCGGCAGCCUAGCGAAAUCCUUUCAAACUCAACUCCUAGUGGACGCUGUAAAUAAGGACGAUGUACAAAUUUUACGCAAGGAACGGGACCGACUGUUCGACAAACUGUCCGAGUACGAGGCGGAAGCGAUCGCGAGCCGAAUACGGGCCUCCAAGAUGCAGGACGAGGUGGACGCCCUGGCGUCCGCCAAGCAAGACCUCGAAAGCCAGCUGAAGGCGGCCCUAAGUCAAAAACUAGAACUUAACAGUAAGAUUCAUGAUCUCCACCAGCAGUUUGUAAAUAAAAGUGCGCCUAGUUCUCCCGAGUCAAUCAAAAGUCGGCACCCGCUGACGCCCGGCUUCCGGAAGCACUCGUCGACUGAUUCCACCACCACAAUCAUCGCGAUAUCGUCGCAUCUGUCGUCGUCGCCCUCGUCGUCGGCGGCUUCCGCGGGUGGCGGCGGCGGCGCCAGCGCCAGCGCCAGCGGCCAACCGCAUGUACUGAAAACCCGCUUCAAUAAUCAAUCGAGCUUCGCACCGGUCAAGAGUGUUAGCAGUACGAAAAUCUCCGUCCCGGUGAUUCCGUCGGCUGUGAUGGCCGUCGGACCCGCUGACAAAGCCGAUCUGGAUACGACUAGUCCCACGGCGACGACGGUGUCGUCGUCGUCGCCGUCAUCCUCGUCGGUGGCUGCCGCCUCCAGUGGGGACGACAUCAACAAUCCGCUAGCAACAAGGCUGAACUACACCACCGCCGCCGGCGGUCCGUCCGCGGACGCUACGCUGGGCAAGCUGGACGGGCUGAUCAGCUCGCCAGCUCGGCUCAGCAAGGUGCGUAUGACUGACUCCAAGAAGAUCGCCGCCAUCCUGCUGGAGACGAACAUCGUGGAGCUGCAGCGACACCUGCUUACCAUCACCGUGCAAAAUCAGGUCCUGCAACAACGGUUAGACCAUGCCACUCGGUCACGAAUUUUCCUGAGCAAAAAACUGGACAAAUCGAAAGAGGAUAUUGAUGAUCUGAAAUUUCGGCUGGAGGAGAAAAGCAUCGAACUGGAGGGUACGAAAGCCCAGCUGCGGGUUCUGGAGUCCAAACAGAGCGGUAAGUCAUCCGGGGCGGCGGCGGCGACCGCCGCUUUCAACCCGGAGCACCACCAUCAAUCAUCAUCGUCGGCGGGGAAAGCCGGCUGCAACAUCACCGUGGUGUCUACGUCGGCCGGUGGCAUCGUCAGCCAUCAGCAGCACCGAACCGCUUCUUCUUCUACUACUACCUCCGCGGAACUGGUCCAGCCCCAGUCGCCAGUUCAUCAGCAUCUCCACCAUCACCAGCACCAGCAGCAGCAACGGGAUUUGGCUCUGCGGCUGCAGCAAUCGUCCCAGGUUUCGACGCCCAGCAUGAAAGCGAUGAUUCCGCUGGCGAUGGACGAGAUGCUGCACCACAGCAGCAGUACCGAGUCGGCUCAGGAUCAGGCCGAGCGGGACUCCUCCGCUCGGUUGCAGUGUCCGGAAACGCCGCGACGGAGGCCGAGCAAAAUUCCUCUGCCGGGGACGAAGGGCUACGUGGCCCCGAAACCUCCGACCGGAAGAAAUUUUGUUGCCUCUCAGCAGCAUCCGCGAGCGGAGAAGAACUCCCCCUCGCCGUCCGGUUCGCUAACCAACAAAUCGCUGAACAAAAGCACCGGCAGUCUGUACAUCAAAUCCACCGGACCAAGUUCGAUCACCAGUGCGGCAGGCAAAGACAAAAAGGACACCAGUCUGAACCGUCCCGAGUCGGCUCAAAGCUGGCGACGGGAUGCGUCUCUCGAAAAAAGUCGUAGUUCCUCAAUACCGGUUUCCAAAGGUUCACCCGUGGCCAAGCAAGCGCAGCACGUGGUGAGUAAUUCACCGCUGCCGAAAGCGAAGCGCGAUUCCCUGACGACGCGGGUCAAGAAUCUGGAUUCGCUCUCGCGGCUCCAGACGGCCUCCGCUUCCACCGGCAACCUGAGCAAAUCGAGCUCGAAGAAAGAUCUCAGCUCGAGCUUCACCACCGGUCAGUUGCGCGAUCGGAAGCAGUCGGCCAGUGCGAUUCGGCGCGUUAGCAGCGCCUCGGUCGGCCGCAGUUCGUCCACCGAGCAGAACAACAAUAACAACGGCAGCAGCAACGGUUCCUCGCCGAACUCGCCGGCGGCUGCGGCGGCGACAUCCAACGAUGGCAGCGGCAGCACCGACGGUGGCAAGGCCCGAAGAACCAAAACGUUCCGCCUGGAAAAGCCUACUAUGAUGCUCCCGCUAGAGGUCACCAUCGGCACUGCCAGCACAAAGAAGAAACCAUCUCCUCUUUAUUAUACUAACUCUAAAAGCAGCAACGGCAGCAACAACAACAACAACAAGCACAACAGCAAAAACAUCAGCAACAAUAACGUUCUCCCGAUGGUGGUAGUCCCGCCCCGUUUAAGGCCGUCAACCUUGCAGUGUAGAACUUUGACCGCCGUCCAUUCGCCCACCAUAACCUCAUCCACUCCGAUCGCAACCGCCAUCCGCCAACCGAUCUGCCCAAUCUCCAGCAGUUUGUCACCGUCUUCCUCGUCCAGUACGUCCGCCGAAUCGUCCCCCUCGUCGGUGACCACGGUCACCACCGUUGAGUCACACUCUUCCACGGGUCCCACACCGACGCCCAACAGCACCCCUGCUGCAGGGGGGCGUGGUUUGAUCGGAGAGUAUCUAGCGGCGAAAUCUCGCUCCCAACAGCAACAACAACAGGUUCCACCGCCCAUUUUUAGUCCCACGGUGACUUCCACCGGCAGAAGUGACGAACCGCAGGACCUAGAUCUGGAUAUGGCCUACAAACAUCCGAUCCUGCUGAUGGAUGAUGAUGAUCCCACCAAGUACUGUAGUGUGGUGUCUAGCGUUGGGAACGAGCGCAACCGUGAGGUGGAGGUGAAGUUUGUGGAAGAUAAUUCCAUCGAAUUGUUGGAUGCCGCGAAAGAUGAGGAAGGCGAUGAUGGUGAGAAGGAAUCGCUGAUUGUGCCGAAACCUAAGAUGAUUGCAUUUUGUUCGCCGCCGAAGGCGGGCAGUCCGGUGAAGAGCGUUGGGUUGUUGGAGAAUGGUAACGGAAAGUGUCGGUUGGUGGGGAAGGUUAAUCCGAAUAUUUUGAAAACUUGGGAACAGCUGAGCGGUGGAAGUAAGGAUGGUUCCGAACGGAGGAGGAAAAACUCGAGAAACAGUUUGAUUACGGUGACUUCGUCGGAAAAUAGUGGUGACAAGCAGAGCUGUUUGAUUUUUUACCGCAAUCAGUUCAACGUGGGCGAGGAGGCGGCCGAUUUUACGGUGAAUCGGAUUCGACACAACGAUUCGGUUUCCGUGUCCGCCAGUUCGGCCACGAUGGAAGAUGAAUCCGAUGGAAGGAUGGUUGGGACGACGACGACGACGAUGACGAUGACGACGACGGCUACGGUUUCGAUGGUAACCUCGUCGACCACAACGGAAACCAGCUCGGAGGGUUGCUACGAUUUCUACGACAGCAUCGAUGCCGGCGGCGGCGGCGGAGGUGGUGGUGGUAACAGGAAUAGGAUGCAGAUUGAGUACGAUGAAGAGGAUUACGAUCUGUUGGCGGCGGCUGGCGAGGGUUUGGCCGACUUCACCUCGCUGGAUCGGAAGAAGCUCAUGUGGUCGAUCGAUGUGGAAUGAUGAGGGCACCGCAUGUGUGGUGUGGGGCGGUGGUUCACAGUAUCACGAAAGCAAUCAGUAUUGUUGACAGUAUGCCUUGUUGUGGGGGCGAUUUAGGAGGAAGUCGUUUUUUUAUUUUAUUCUAUUUUUGUUGUUGUUGGAUAGACUGACUGAUCGUAAUUAUUCAAAAAAGGCUCAAUCAGAUGACGAUCAGAUCGGGUUUUUCGGGAUUGAAAUGCUAUAGAAUUUGUAAUAGUUUGCAUUCAGCACGAAUUCUAGUCAAUUAAAAUUUUUGAUUUGCGAAUUUUUGCGUCUCCUGAUUACCAACGGAUCAUUGCACUUCCUGCAUGCAACUAUCGGAAACGCAUUAUUGAUAGAUAAUAAAUUACUUCAUUUAACUUUUGUACUGGUAGAAGAAAAGACGCUAAUUAGGUUUUGCUUUUUCAUUUUAUACUACAAAACACGACGAAAAGUUUCGUCCCUGACUUGCAGGUCUAGUAUGCCAUGAGUGUGUCUUAAUACAUAUUUCAAAUCAAAACGCAAUCAUCAACAAUAAAAUAUAACAAACAAACAACCAACCAAUCACCAUAGGAACAAACAGUGAAAAACCGUCAUUUGCUCAAUAUCGAUUUGAUCGAAGCAAAUCGCCGAAUUGAAGCGUGUGCGUAAAUUAAUAUUCCUUAGAAAAUCGAACUAAAACCGGAAGAGAGUAAGAGAGAUAUUUGCACAAAACAGUGAAAUCACGUUUAUUUUUGAUAACAUUUAACUAAGAGAAGAAACAGUGAGCUGUAAAACACAAAAAAAAAACGUGAAAAGGUACAUUCCAAAUUAAAGAAGAUGCGCUGACGAGAAAACACAAAGGUGAGGGAGAGCGUGAAACCAAGUCGGAUUUUAAACUACAACACACGAAAGUAUAUUUUUAAACUAUCACAAUCAGAUUUUCCACGAAUAACUUCCAAGACUUGCAAAUCGCAGAGUGCAGAUUCCGUGCUGCACCGCCUAGGGAAAGAGGGCUUUCAUUCAUGUAGACAAACAAGGCUAAGAGGUACCGCAUCAUUUUUAAAUAGCUUUCCUGCAUUGUAAUAGACUACUAGCUACCUACCUACCUACUAGACUAUACACAACACUCAUCCAGGACUGACCGUCACGCCGCCAUCCGACGGGCACACGCGUGCGCCCGGUCACCCGGACGGACACUCCCUCCUAUCGGGGAAGUUGGAUUUCGCACUGUGAUACUCAAAAUUAUCAAAAUUAAACCAAAAAACGAGCAACUGAAAGCAGAAUCUUUAGAGAUAAACUAGCGGGGGUGACCGUUGGACCAGUGCACAACGUUGCAGUCGGAUGCGGUGGCGCGGACGGGGUUAUCAUUUCUACUAUCACAUUUGAGUCAAACCUGCUACUACCUACCUACCUACCUACUAGAACCUACCGCUAAGCUACUAUUAUACGAUUAAAAAUCCCCUGCCGGGGAAAUAAUCAUCAACUUCAUCAUAAUCAUCAUCCAAUUUAGAGAGUAGUAAAUUAUUAUUGGUACUGAACAUCAAAAACGAAACGUAUACGUUGUGCGGAAGGUUGCAAAACGUUGACUUGACAAGAGAAGAAAGGAAAAAGUUUACCCUUAAGGAAUCAAAUCUGCUAUCACAAACACACACACGGGACAAAAGAAAACUACACUACUGAAUGCUAAAAUAAAAACAAGCAAAACUACUAAAUUGCUAUUAUUCAAUUUCAUUAUGUUAUAAAUAUGUGUAAAUACUAUGGAAAAAAAAGUUAGCCAGCGUGCGGGAAUUGUAGGAAGUGAACAAAUCUGUUUGAUAUAAUAAUAGUAACUAUUAUUAUUAUUAUUAUGAAUAUUAUUAUUAUUAUUUGAAAAAUACAAAAA